AGGUCUGGUUUGUUGGCACCCCCAUAUUGGUGGUGAUGGUGCAUCCCAGCCCCUCCGGCGAACCGCUGUACGGUUAUUAGGAAGUCGUAGCAUAGGGGUGGAGUCUACGUGUAGCGCAGCCUCUUUUUUGGGUUUGGAUUUACGGUGGGUUCAAGUUUUCUCCAGACUCGUGUUUGAAGACCAGCGGGCAACAUGUCGAGCAAACGGGCCAAGGGAAAGACCACCAAGAAGCGCCCGCAGCGCGCUACCUCCAACGUCUUUGCCAUGUUCGACCAGUCACAGAUCCAGGAGUUCAAAGAGGCCUUUAACAUGAUCGACCAGAACAGGGACGGCUUCAUUGACAAGGAGGACCUGCAUGAUAUGUUGGCCUCGCUGGGGAAGAACCCGACUGACGAGUAUCUGGAGGCCAUGAUGAACGAGGCCCCUGGACCCAUCAACUUUACCAUGUUCCUUACCAUGUUCGGCGAGAAGCUCAACGGCACAGACCCUGAGGACGUCAUUAGGAAUGCAUUCGCCUGCUUUGACGAAGAGGGCACAGGUUUCAUCCAGGAGGACUAUCUAAGAGAGCUGCUGACGACCAUGGGUGACCGGUUCACGGACGAGGAGGUGGAUGAGCUCUUCCGCGAAGCGCCCAUUGAUAAGAAGGGGAACUUCAACUACAUGGAGUUCACACGCAUCCUGAAGCACGGAGCCAAGGACAAAGAUGACUAGGUCGCGAUGCUGCAACAUGCAAACAUCUCUUCAUCUCACGCGUACCUGGGUAGAACAUCUCCAUUUCUUAGCUUUGAAAGACCGUUCAACAGAACAACAUAAGAGAACCACUCGAAGGCGUUCCCCGUAUUCCUGGACGCCUGUUAGUUCCGUUUCUGACGAUGCGCACAUGUAUAACAUCGAUGGCUGACCGCCAUCCACAGCGUCAGAAUGGUGUGUAUUAUUGUGUAAAAUAAGAACUCAAACUGUAAGAAGUAACCUGUUUGAAUUUUGUCAAUCACAUGGCCUGGGCUAGCUGGACUUCGUUUUUUUAAUUAAACAUUUUGAAAAUAAA